GCGAAUGAAGACGACUCUGAUUCGGACUCAGACCUCAUUGGACCACCACUUCCGCCGGGAUUUCAAUUGGAAUCCGAGACCAAAGAAGACACCGAAGAGAGAAGUGAUGACGAGUUGAGUGAUGAAGACGACGACGAGUCAAAUAGUCGUUACGAUGUGCUGCCGAUCAGUCAUGAGAUUGAACUGAUCCACGGCUCCAAAUCGGUGACCGCUUUGGCAUUGGAUCCGAACGGCUCGCGAGUGGUGUCGGGAGGACUCGACUACGAGAUGAAGUUUUGGGACUUCCAGGGAAUGGAUUCUUCGCUGCAAUCGUUUCGGUCGAUCACUCCGUGUGAAUGUCACGCCAUUAAGAAUCUGGAGUUUUCGGCGAACGGAGACGUAAUCCUUGUUAUCUCCGGCGCCUGUAUUGCGAAGAUUGUGGACAGGGAUGGGUUCGUGAAGGGGGAGACCAUAAAAGGCGAUCAAUACAUAACAGACAUGAAUCACACUCGAGGACACGUAGCUAUGCUGAACGAUGGCGGUUGGAAUCCAAGAGAUAAGGGACAGUUCGCCACCUGUUCUAAUGACGGCACCUGUAGGUUAUGGGACAUACAGAAUCUUAAGACUCAUAAAUCUGUGUUAAAACCGCGCUCUUCUGGCGGAUUGAGAGCCAUUCCCAACACAUGUCGUUACACAAGAAAUACAGAACUGGUUUCUGUCGGUUGUAAUGAUGGAAGUGUUCAGAUGUGGGACACCAGAAGAAGUCUCAUCAAUACCAGUGCUAUAGUACGAGAGGCGCACACAAAGGGCUCAGAGAUCACUUCAAUUCAGUUCUCAUAUGACGGCAAUUGUCUGUUAACUCGCGGUACAGACGACGCGCUUAAGCUGUGGGACAUGAAAAUGCUUAAGAAACCCAUCUUCGAGAUCAAAGAACUCUUUAAUCGCUUCUCAAUGACGGACUGCUUCUUCUCGCCCGACGACCGGCUCAUAGGAACCGGCGUUUCGUGUCUUAAGGGUGAAGAGUUGGGCCGACUUAUGAUGUAUUCACGAGACAACGCGGAAUUGAAGCACGAGAUCCCUGUGAGCAAAGGAGCGGUGAUCAGGAGUUCGUGGCACCCGAAGCUCAACCAAAUAAUAUGCGGCUCAUCUAACGGCGCCGUCAAAGUAUACUACGAUCCGAACCGUUCGGACAGAGGCGCCAAACUAUGUGUCGUUAAACACAAGCGAAAGUACAGAGAAAGCUAUGAAAAUAUUGAACAGCAGAUCAUUGCGCCACACGCUUUGCCACUGUUUAAGACUGAACGCAAGAAAUCAUAUCGUCUUCAGAUGCUUAAGGCUCGUAAGGAUCCCAUCAAAUCUCGUAGGCCUGAGCUCCCGGUGACGGGUCCGGGACAGGGCGGUCGCAUCGCUUCGGCCGGCAAUACGUUCGCCUCAUUUAUAGCCAGAAAUCUUGGCGUUAAGAAUAAGAUCGACGACAACGAAGACCCGCGAGAGGCGAUCCUCAGACACGCCAAGGAGGCCGCAGAGAACCCCUAUUGGGUGUCACCGGCCUAUGCGGCCACUCAACCCAAACCUGUUUUUGCCGCCGAGACUAAAGAGGACGACGAGGACGAGCCCUCUGCCAAACGGCCGCACAUUCCUGUGUAGACCAUUCAGUCAUC